AUGGGCAAGCGGGAGGGGCAGACGCGGAAGGAUCAAAUUAGGAAUUACCUGUCUACGCUGUUUUUUGAAGUUAUUGCAGUCCUUGAUAUUGAGACGCAAUUAUGCGUUUCCAACAGUCAUGGCAAGAAUAAAGAGUUACCAGUGUUGGAACAACCCGCCAGAAACCUAAGGAAGAUUUCGCCGUACUUUAACGGCGACAUCUAA